CCCGCCGCCAAUGAAACAGCUGUUGUGAGGUAGCAAUAUAGUGGCCUAAAUUAAGCCCCCAAUCCCCCCGGACGCCAGAACGCCACCUCCAUAUUCCAUUUUCGGUGAAGCCCGUUUAAGCAACUUCAUAGUGGAAGAAAGAGGCGAAGUGCAUUGAGUAGAGCCUUGCUAGCAAUGUACUGAUUUGGAUAUCUGGUAGAUAUUCUAAGAUACUAGUAGCCUUUAAAGGGCUAUAUGAGAUGACUCAUGCUGCUACUUUCCAAUUAACACGGACAUAACUUUCCUCCUCGUCUCUAUACAACUGCUUCACUUCUCCUGUGACUAUUCAUUUUUGUUCGAGAGUCUAAUUGUUCGAGAGUCUAAGGUCAAUCCUUCGCAAGUUCAAGGAGCCAUGGGUACUAACCAGUCAACCCUUACCGUCCAACAGGCACGGGAUCAAGAGACAGAGGAUAAGGGUCGCGGAGCCAUGGGUGGUGACCUAUCCACGCCGGCUGCUUCUAAAAGGGCAAUAGAAGAUAAGGGUGCCUGGACUAUCACGCCGCAGCAGAUAGGGCUGAAAAUUCUAGUUGAACCCGACGAUUGCGAUGUUGACAUCGUAGCCAUUCAUGGGGUGGGCGCCAAGCCUCAAUACACUUGGGAAGACAGAGGGAGCAAAGUCAAUUGGCUCACUAACCCAACAAUGCUACCUGCAGCACUCCCUAAAGCACGCAUUAUGACCUACAAUUAUGCAUCGCAUUGGUUCGGCGAACAUGCCAUCAAGCAGUCGCUCAGUGGUGUAGCUAUCAAGCUGCUACGUUCCCUUGUUGAUAAAAGGGAGGAUUGCAUGAGUCGUCCAGUUCUUCUCAUAGGGCAUUGUUUUGGAGGCCUUGUUGUUCAGGAGGCCUACAAUACAGCCGCACUGCAUCAUCAAGACCAUCCUGGAAUUGCGGAUUCCAUUGUAGGAAUGAUCUUCCUGGGUACUCCUCACCACGGCGUCCCAGACAGCUCUGCACUCGGGACCCAGGGCCAGAUAUAUAAGGCCAUUAUCGAGGCUAAGGUGCAGGUCCAAUACGGGCUCAUGGGAACCAUCGCCCAGGAUAACGAUAUCCUCGUGAAUACAGUGCACAAUUUCACUCGAAUUGUUGAACUCCGACGGGACAACGCGCCAAAAUUAUGCUGCUUCUACGAGCAGAAAGGGAGUCAUAUUGGGCGCGUUAUAGGUCUUGAUAACCACCCAUUGGAAUUCGUCGUAGGGGAGAUGUCUGGCACGUUGGACGGGCACGGGAAGGAGCCCUUACCCCUAGAUCAUUUCCAGAUGAACAAAUUCCAAGGUUCCGACGACGAUAACUACAGGUCAGUCCUUAGGGAGAUUUUGAAGAUGAUUAAGUCGAGAAAGAUCCCGCAAGAUUGAGGGGAGACCACCGCGACAGGCUUCAAACCCGGGCUCCGGCUGUUGGGUGCAGGUGAAAGAUAUGUACAUAACGAGCCCAAGUCGCGGGAUCUACGAUCUAUGUAGUUUUAAAUGUACGAUAUCUUGAUCAGGCAUAUGAGCGUUCCGAAUAUUGAUAUAUAGAAGAUGAUGUGCCGAGAAAACUAGUUGUUGGAGAGUUGAGGAAAGGUUGCUUUUCACUGUACGAAGGUUGGGGCCAAAAGUUUCGCACAUCUAUAAAGCUUGGCAAAGCCACGUGCGAAUAAAAAAAGACUGCACGGUUUUAUUUAAACUAUAAUGGCUAGUAUUGCUAUAAAUAUAGUGGUAAGCCACCCGAAUACAGUGGAUAGGCCACUAUCCAACUUUUAGCUUAACGUGUGGCUAAUACAGUAUCGAUAAUUCAAAAAACAUACAAAAUACCCAACCUUCGUACUGUGGGAGGGAUUACAUAAUUACUAACUGGCUAUACUGAAAAUUAGUGGGCGAAGCCCAUUAAUUAUAAACCUUUCUUAAUAUAACAUUUAUUCCACUUUAAUAGUACUUUUAAUAUUUACUCACUUUCCCUUUUCCCGCCGCCUUUCAUCCUGUUAUAUUUACAAACCUAGCGGUUUUAAACGUAAAAUUGAGGACGAUCUCCAAUGAUCCAAUAGACCAAUAGACUUCAUGUAGAACCUUGGGUUAGGUACUUUGUGUGUGUGUGUGUGUGUGU